CAACACAAUAGAAUCCAUUGGCAGAAGGCUGUGCAGAAACGAUAGGCUACACUGUAUCCUUAAAGCUGCCAGUUCUCUUCUUCUCUCCCGGGGCAUCUGACGGUAACAUGGUUUGUCAGUCGCAGCAGCAGUAGUCCAACAGCAGCCUUUAGAUAGGGCACAAGCCACACGAAUCUUCAUUUUGCUUGUGUGAGCACUGGAGAUUAACACAAGACCUUUUGUUCUUGCAAACGAUUUGAGGAGCUCUGUCCCGUGUUGCUCCUGACACCACAGACUUGUCGCCAUGGGGAAACAGAACAGCAAACUCCGUCCGGAAAUACUGCAGGACCUCCGGGAGAACACAGAAUUUUCCGACCAUGAGCUGCAGGAGUGGUAUAAGGGUUUCUUGAAGGACUGUCCCAGUGGAACGCUCAACGUCGAAGAGUUCAAGAAGAUCUAUGCAAAUUUCUUCCCAUAUGGAGACGCCUCCAAGUUUGCAGAGCAUGUCUUCCGCACCUUCGACACAAACGCAGACGGGACGAUAGAUUUCCGGGAAUUCAUCAUCGCGCUGAGUGUGACAUCACGUGGAAAACUGGACCAGAAGCUCAAGUGGGCGUUCAGCAUGUACGACCUGGACGGCAAUGGCUACAUCAGUCGCGACGAGAUGCUGGAGAUUGUACAGGCCAUCUAUAAAAUGGUGUCCUCGGUCAUGAAGAUGCCUGAAGAUGAAUCCACGCCAGAGAAGAGGACCGACAAGAUUUUCAGACAGAUGGACCUGAACAACGAUGGCAAGCUCUCCCUUGAAGAGUUCAUCAAGGGGGCCAAGAGUGAUCCAUCCAUCGUGAGGCUACUACAGUGUGACCCCAGUAGCGCCUCGCAGUUCUGAGCCACAAGCAAAACAAAACUAAACUAAAAACCAUGCAUGAAG